AUGCAUAGUAGAAUUGGGAAAUGGACACUGGCAUUAACAAAGUUUUAUCUAGCAUUCAAACCUUUAAAGGCCAUGAAAGGCCAGAUCGUGGCGGAUUUUAUAGUGGAUCAUGCCAUGGUCGAAUCAUCUCUGAACAUGGUCGAUGCCACAUCAUGGCGUAUGUAUUUUGACGGAUCGAGUCACAAAGACGGAAUGGGAGUCGGGGUAUUGAUAUUAUCCCCUCAGGUUGGUCCGACGAAGUUUAAGUACAGGACCAGUGAAAAGUGUUCCAAUAAUGAAGCCGAAUAUGAGGCUUUAAUAGUUGGUCUUCGACUUUUGAAAGGGAUGGGAGCCAGUCGAAUUGAAGUAAGGGGAGACUCGAAGCUGGUAGUAAAGCAAAUUACACGCGAAUAUAGGUGCAUCAAGGGGAGUCUGAUGAAGUAUUUUGUGACUGUGACACAGCUACUAGAACAUUUUAAAGUUGCAGACAUAAGACAUAUACCCAGAAAUGAAAACCAAGAAGCCAAUGAGUUGGCUCAAAUCACUUCGGGGUAUAAGAUGUCUAAGUCAACAUUACAAGAUAUGAUAGAGGUUCGAGAGAAAAUGGUGUCGAGAACACCAUUGACAGAAGAUAUCCUCGACAAGAGUGACAAUCGUGAUAGAGAAUGGCAGGAAACCUAUGGAGUCGAUGAGGCCUGGGAACAUGGAGUUUUCGCUGUCAACAGUUCAUCGCCAACAGAUUGGAGGAAGUCGAUUAUUGAAUAUUUAGAGAAUCCAGUCGGAGGUACUAACAGGAAAACCAAGUACAUGGCUUUAAGUUAUGUGUGGUCAGGAAACAAAUUGCUGAAGAAGACACCAUAA